AUGUUUUCCUCUACGUUAUUUGUCGCAUCACUAGCUCUUUGGGGUAAAGCUGCCAACGCGGCUUUCGGUCUCACUACUAACACCGGCUCAUACGUGGUUGAUGCUGGCUCAUCGAACUCGUUGAAAUUUACCGUCGAUCGCGAUAAUUGUGAUAUCACUUCGAUAAACUAUUAUGGUUCAGAGCUGCAGUAUCAGUCGACUGGAUCGCAUAUCGGAUCCGGUCUUGGCACCGCGACAGUGUCGGCGACAGAGACUGGCGAUUAUAUCAAGAUCACUUGUAAAACCGAUACUUUGAUUCAUUACUAUAUCGCGCACAGUGGUGACCCAAUUAUCUACAUGGCAACUUAUACGACUGCCGAGCCUUCAAUCGGAGAGUUGCGAUACAUUGCCCGACUAAACGCAGAUCUCCUUCCCAACGAGGAGCCUUUCGGCGAUGUCUCCAACAUUGACGGCGGUACUGCCAUCGAGGCAUCUGAUGUGUUCCUCGUCGAUGGAGAAACACGAAGCAAGUUCUACUCUAGCCAGCGGUUUAUUGAUGACCUGAGACACUGCGUGUCUGGUAGUGCCCAUCGCGUCUGUAUGAUUCUCAACCAGUAUGAGACAUCAGCUGGCGGACCUUUCCAUCGCGACAUAAACACGAACAACGUCGGCACCUAUACCGGUCUUUACUGGUACAUGAACUCGGGCCACGUCCAAACCGAAUCCUACCGCCAGGGUCUGCACGGCCCAUAUCUGAUGUACUUUAGCCGCAGCGGUACCCCCAGCACCGACAUCGAUACCUCAUUCUUCGCGGACCUGGAUAUUGAGGGAUACGUCGCUACCUCUGGAAGGGGAUACGUGAAAGGAACUGCAUCGGGAGCGGACUCUUCCUUUGACUGGGUCAUCCACUGGUACAACGAUGAUGCACAAUACUGGACAUAUACCUCGUCAAGUGGAAGCUUCACCUCGCCGGCCAUGAAACCUGGCACCUAUUCUAUGGUCUACUACCAAGGCGAAUAUGUUGUGGCCACAUCAUCUGUGACAGUCACCGCUGGGUCAACCGCGUCAAAGAGCAUUUCUGGAUCUGUGACUACCGGAACGACAAUCUUCAAAAUUGGUGAUUGGGAUGGACAACCAACCGGCUUCCGUAACGCCGCCAGCCAACUCCGCAUGCACCCCUCCGACAGCCGAAUGUCCUCAUGGAGCCCGGGUACAUAUAAAGUCGGCACUUCCUCCGAAAGCGACUUCCCUAUGGCAAUUUUCAAAUCCGUAAACUCGCCACUGACAAUCAGCUUUACCGCGACUUCUUCCCAAACCGGUGCUGCGACAUUGAGAAUCGGGACGACUCUUUCAUUUGCAGGUGGUCGGCCUCAAGCUACGGUUAACAGUUAUACGGGAUCUAUCCCCUCGGCUCCUACGAAUUUGAAUUCGCGGGGUGUUACCCGCGGUGCGUACCGUGGUCUUGGUGAGGUUUAUGACGUUUCGAUCCCGGCGGGAACUAUUGUCGCGGGGACAAACACGAUUACUAUCUCUGUUGUCUCUGGUAGCUCGGGAGAUACAUAUCUCAGUCCUAACUUUGUGAGUCUAACAUACUUCUCAUCCAGUCAACUUUCACCUGAGCCUGGGCCUAACAUUGAGUUUGCUUAG